UCGCCGCUGCCCCCGAUGAACUGCUUCCGCCGCGCCCUCCUCCUCCGCCGGGGCCUCUCUUCUGCGGCGGAGCUACCUCCGCCCCGCCCAUCCGCCGGCCGCCGCGUGGUCGUGACGGGGCUCGGCGCUGUGACGCCGCUCGGCCGCGGCGUCGGUACCACCUGGGACCGCCUCGUCGCCGGCGAUUGUGCGGUGCGCGCGCUCACCGCGGAGGACCUUCGCCUCACCGGGGACGCCGCGGGGAGGACGCUGGAGCAGCUGCCGUCUAGGGUCGCCGCCGCCGUGCCGCGCGGGAAGGCCCAGACCGAGUUCGACGACGAUGCGUGGACCAAGGAUAGUAAAUCUAUAUCGGGAUUUAUAGCAUAUGCUCUGUGUGCAGCUGAUGAGGCUCUGAGAGAUGCAAAUUGGCUGCCUUCUGAAGAUGACAAGAAGGAACGAACGGGUGUUUCAAUUGGCGGGGGAAUCGGAAGCAUCUCAGACAUUUUAGAUGCAUCACAGAUGAUCACUGAAAAUCGUGUACGUCGCCUCAGCCCAUUCUUCAUCCCCAAGAUUUUGAUCAACAUGGCAUCAGGUCAUGUCAGCAUGAGAUAUGGUUUCCAGGGUCCAAACCAUGCUGCUGUGACAGCUUGUGCCACAGGCGCUCACUCUAUUGGUGAUGCUACACGGAUGAUUCAAUUUGGAGAUGCUGAUGUGAUGGUAGCUGGAGGAACCGAAUCUAGUAUUGAUGCUUUGUCUAUAGCUGGAUUUUCUAGGUUGAGGGCAUUGUCCACAAAGUAUAACUCUCUUCCACAAGCGGCUUCGAGACCAUUUGAUUGUGGUAGAGAUGGAUUUGUGAUCGGUGAAGGUUGCGGAGUCAUGGUGUUGGAGGCACUUGAUCAUGCAAUGGAACGAGGUGCAAAAAUUUAUGCUGAAGUUCGAGGAUAUGGCAUGUCUGGUGAUGCACAUCACAUAACUCAGCCACAAAAUGAUGGUAGAGGUGCCAUCUUAGCCAUGGAGCGGGCACUGGAGCAGUCAGGGCUUCAGGCAGAUCAAAUUGAUUAUUUGAAUGCGCAUGCGACAUCAACUCCUCUUGGUGAUGCUGUGGAGGCGACUGCAAUCAAAUCUGUCUUUGGCCAACACGCGACAUCCGGUGGUCUUGCGUUAUCCUCAACAAAGGGAGCCAUCGGCCAUCUGCUAGGGGCAGCUGGUUCAGUGGAGGCAAUAUUCGCCGUGCUAGCCAUCCACCAUGGAAUUGCUCCACCUACGGUCAACCUGGAGCAGCCCGACCCGCUGUUCGAAGGCGAUUUCAUGCCUUUGACCACUGCGAAGAAGAUGCCCAUACGAGCGGCCAUCUCGAACUCUUUCGGAUUUGGUGGAACCAAUGCGUCGCUGCUGUUCUCGUGCCCACCCUAGUAGCCCAACAGGAUCCUGUUUCUUUUUCACCAGAAUAUUCAGAGUAUUUUGUGCGCGAAGCGUCAGGAAGGCACCACCUGCGUUGAGCAGAAGUUGGGGGUUCCAGGCACUGAGCUUUGUGUUCUGCCCCCUUGAGUCCGGAGCAUUGCCCAACUUGUGGGCGUUGACUGCCCAAAAAUCUCUGCCUAUUUGUCUUUUUUUUUGUUUUUUUUAUACAGAGAAGUUUAUCUUUG